AUGCAUUGGUUAAUUCCUCGUUUUCGGGGGAAAUUGAUACUAUUCAUUUGUUUGCUAACGGUUGUGGGGAAGCAAAAUAAAAAUAGUAUCAUGAUGACGAUGCUUUCCGUUUGGCUUAUGAAGAAAGCUCCGCAGAACGUUAAGUCUCUCACUUUAAUAUUCCCUGUAGUAGGGCACAAUUUUAUAAGUCCCGAUAGGGUGUUUAGUAAGAUUAAAGAGAAAGUGAAAAAGAAAUCUGUAGUUGUAAAACCUUCUAACUACGAAAAGAUCAGAGCACAUAGGUCGACAAUACGCAAAUUGAAUGUAGACUGGCAGGUGUAUGACUGGAAAAGUGAAGCCCAAACACAUAUGAAAACGCCAUCAGCGUGGCACUUUCAGUUUAACAAGGCCAAGAGAUUCGUUUUUACUAGAGGAAAAACUAAAGUACUAAUAAGAGGUGAACCGAAUUAUUAUGCUGAUAUCGGCGAAGCAAAAUCUGUUCUGAAGAGAGGGAAGAACACUUCAGAUAUUAAUUCUACUGAGCUUGAUAUUGGUUGCAAAUUGAAGGGUGAUAAAUCUACAAUAAUUUCACUUCUAAAGAAACAUUACGGAGAUACCUGGUAA